CGCAGUCAAAAAUGUAUUUUCUGGCUUAGACUUUGAUCAGAGGGAAGCAUCACAUACUUGUUCCCUCAAAGCGGCUAUUGCAAGAGUACAAUCUGACUGCACAUUCUUUCAUUUCGUUUUCAACUUACUUCGCGGGUAUGCCUCAACCAACGGUGUUUCCCUUUCUUCGUGCACAUAACAUUUUUGAAUAUAUUACCACUGUAGUAGCGGUGGCAAACACGCGUCUCACUAGGCACUCUCACAGUCUGAAUAUCGCUUGUCGAAGUCUCAAAAAAUGACACCAGUUAAUAUUCCAGGAAAAUUUGGCUAUGGAUCUAUGUCAUUGACAUGGACGCCGACCCCUAAAACAGAAGCUGAGGCGAUCCAGGCCAUCAAGUAUGUGCUUGACAAGCAUCAAGUGAGGUUUGUAAACGGCGGCGAGUUUUACGGCCCUGACUCUGUCAAUUUGAAAUAUUUAGGGGCAUUUUGGAAACAUUUCGGAUGUGAUUACCCCGAUCUUGUGAUCAGUGUGAAAGGGAGUAUUGAUGUGACCACUUUAAAGCCUGAUGGCUCCAGGGAAUCAAUCUCACGUUCCAUAAAUAACUUUGUUUCUUACUUCCCCCAGAAUAAAUUGCAAAGACCCAAGUUGAUUUUUGAGAUUGCUCGCGUGGACACGAGCGUCCCAUAUGAACAAACGAUAGGAUUCAUCAAUGAAUUUGUUGGGGAUGGAGUCAUCGAUGGGAUUUCGCUUUCUGAGGUUGGAGUAGGCUCCAUUGAAAAGGCAUUGAGUGUUGCUCCUAUUAGCAGCGUGGAAGUUGAGUUCUCUCUCUUGUGUCAGGAUAUUUUUAGCAAUGGGGUUUUGAAGAAGGCAGCGGAAGAAAAUCUCACGAUCGUCGCUUACUCGCCUUUAUGCCGCGGGUUCUUGACUGAUCGGUCGGCCGAUGAUUUUUCUGCGUUCUUCGAUUUGUGUCACCAACCUGGAGAUAUUAGAGGACACAUUGACAGAUUUUCCAAAGAGAAUUUCUUCGAAAACCUGAAAAUUGUUGCAAAACUAAAAGAUUACGCUGAAACGAAGGGGACUACGCUCGAGUCAUUGGCUAUUUCAUGGAUCGUAGCUUAUAGUGAGCUCGAGAACUACAAUGGGAUAUCGAAAUUUCCAAAGAUUAUCCCAAUUCCCAGUGGAAGCAGUUCUGAUAAGAUUGACCAGAACUUGGGCCAGAUAGUUUCCUUGAGCAAAGCCGAUUUAGACGAUAUAAAAAAGAUAACAGACUGUUUUGAAGUAAAGGGAUACAGAUAUAACGCGAAGGUUAAACAUCUUGACUUUGCAUGAGCCCUGGAAUAUCUAUAUGCUAUAUAUAAGUAAAUGGCUUGUGUGGCUUUGGCUGAGACUUCGGUUUUCAAAACAGGAUAAGGCUGGUACCGAACAAAUUUAUGAACCAUACUUAAAAAUUCGCGUUUGAAAGAAAAUACAAUUUGCAGCACUCGAAAUAAGGUCUGC